AUGGCACCUACUUCUUCCACUGAUUGUAAAUCAGAAAUUAUAAAUGCUUUUGAUGAAAUUGCACCACCAUGUGCAUCUGCAUCAACUCCUGCUACAUUCAGAACGCCAUCACAACAGCUUCGGUGGGAUGUAUUCAUUAAUCAUCGUGGACCUGAUGUCAAACACACACUAGCUAAAGCUAUGUACCACGUCCUCCAUGCCACGGGUCUCAGGGUUUUUCUUGAUUCCGAGGAGUUGUCAUUGGGGGAUUUCUUGCCUGCAGCACUACAACAAGCAAUGCGUAGUGCUCCCCUUCAUGUGGUGAUUUUCUCUCCCACCUAUGCAGAAUCGAUAUGGUGUCUUGCCGAACUAUCCUUUAUGCUAAAAUCUGGUGCAACUAUUAUUCCUGUUUUCUUCAAUGUUCAGCCUACCGAUUUGCGAUGGGUGGCUCAAGGAGAAGGAAUGUACGCUAAAGCCUUUACAAAGCAUCAAGAAAAGGGUAGAUACAGCUUGGAAAAGCUUGAAGAGUGGAAGAUGGCGCUCCACAGUGUUUCAUUUUAUAAGGGCGAAAUCAUCAAUAAUAAUGAAAGUCGAAUCCAGCAUUCAAAUCGUAGGAAUCUGGGGAAUGGGUGGUUCUGGGAAAACCACUCUUGCGAAAGAAUAUAUAAUCAGAAACACUUAUCUGUAGAAAGCUCCAGUUUUGUUUUUGAUGUUAGAGGUGCUGCAGCUAAAAAUGAGUUAUAUAAAAAGCAGAUUGAACUCCUCCAAGAUAUUGGUUUCAAAGGUGAAACAUUUGAAAACAUAGAAAAAGGCAAGAAAAUUGUUUCAAAUUGUUUAAAAUCUAUUCGUCUGCUCAUCGUUUUGGAUGAUGUGGAUCAUAUGAAUCAACUGGAUGCGCUCUUGCCCACAAAGGAUAACCUCGGAUUGGGGAGUUUAAUCAUUGUCACAACAAGGGAGAAGGAAGUUCUCCGAUGUUGGGGUGUUUCCUCCAUUUAUAAAAUGAAAACAAUGAAUUUACCUCAUGCUAGGCAACUUUUUUGCUGGCAUGCAUUCUUACAACCCUCUCCAUCGUUGGAAUUUGAGAAACUUGUUGAAAAGUUUGUAAGUGUCUGUAAUGGGCUACCUUUAUCUUUGAAGGUACUUGGAGGACAACUUUAUGGCUGGUCUAUCAAGGACUUAUGGAAGGAUCUAUUGAGUAAGAUCUCUAAAAUAUUGCCCUUGGAUAUUAAAAUUUGCCUAAGAGUGAGCUAUGAUGCUCUAGAUGUUCAAGAGAAACAGAUAUUCUUAGACAUUGCCUGUUUUUUCAUUGGAAAAGACUACAAAAGCGCCAUUGCAGUGUGGGAGGCAUCGGGCUGGAAUGGUCUGUAUGAUUGGAAUAGACUUGUAAAUAAGUGUCUUGUUGACAUUGAUCAUGCCAAUCGCAUAACAAUGCAUGAUCACUUGAGGGAUUUAGGAAGGGAAAUAGCAAAUACUGAGCCACCCUUCCGUAUAUGGUCCCCAGAACAGAUUACGGGCAUUCAGAAAAAACUGGAGGAAAGAGUCCAGAUUCGAGGAAUGAUAUUGAAUACAGAAACUAAUGAUGAAUCCAAUUUUCCUGGUUUCCUGGUCAAUACAAGUACAGGACUUUCAAGAUAUCUUCCAUCAUGGCUACCAUUAAAAAAUCUACGGGUUUUAGAACUUGAGGACUCUGACAAAUUAAAAGAACUGUGGAAGAAUGGCGCCGACACUCCGAUGCAUUUACGAGAGUUGGGUAUUUGUGGCUGCCAAAGAUUCCGAAGGUUUCCAAGGUCACUAGGACUUCUACAGCACUUGGAAAAGAUAGUUGUGGAUCAUAGCAUCAAACUGAGGAGUUUGCCAGAAGAGUUUUGCUUUCUACAAUCAUUAAAGCACCUGCAGCUAAGUAAUUGUGAGAUGCUUUCAUCAUUACCUAAGAAUUUCGGCUAUUUGACAAAUCUGCAGCAUUUAGAAUUGUCCUUUUGCCUGUUGAAGGAGGUGCCAAUAUCUUUCAAACAACUGAGGUUCCUGAAGCAUCUCAGUAUACACUGCUGUUAUAAGCUCACCUUAGAGUCAGACAUCCUUGAAAACAUGACAACACUCGAGUAUUUGAGUCUGUCAGAGCUUCCGCAACUGAAAAUAUUGCCUUGCCAAAUCACAAAUCAGGCCUCUUUGAGAGAGCUCUACUUAAAAGAUACCGACAUAAACGAGCUCCCAGAUAACAUUGGUCAACUCAACAAGUUGAGAGUACUGGAGAUAGGGUCAUGUAAGAUUCGCUCUUUACCAGAGUCCAUGGGGCGUCUGAAUCUUUUAGAGCGUUUGGAAUUGAAGAGUUUGGCAGUGGUACUUUUACCACAAUCAUUCACACAACUGAUAAAUCUGCAUAUUAUUACAAUAGACAAUUGCCCAAUCAGUGAAUUUCCUUUUGGGCAGGAGUCAUUUUCUUCAUCAUUCUGCAAGCUCGAGAAAUUAACCUUAAUCUGGACAAGAAUGUCCCAGAUUUUAAUUUCUGAAGAAUGUUGUCCUGGCCUUCAGACCCUGCCAACAGCAUUGAAGUUCAUAGAGGUGGAAUACUGUACAACACUGAGAAACAUGAGGAUUACUGCUGGUUUGUCAAACCUUCAAACGCUCAAGAUAAAAGACUGUCCAGAGCUAGAUUCGGUUCCAAGUUUUGCUGAAUUAACGUCUCUACAAAUAAUUGAAUUUAUAAGAUGUGGCAGAAUUAAGAAGAUAAAAGGUUUAAAACACUGCAGAUCAUUGAACAUUCUGAUUAUAUUUUCCUGUAAAGAGUUAGAUGCUAUUCCAAGUUUGGCAGAAUUAACUUCUCUAAGAAAAAUUGAUUUGAAAGAGUGCCACAAGCUUUCAAAGAUAGGCAGUUUACAGCACUGCAGAUCUCUGGAGGCACUAUUGAUAAGCGACUGUCAGGAUUUGCAUUCCAUAGCAAGUUUGGCAGACUUAAUUUCUCUCAGAAUAUUUGAGUUGAGAGGUCGCAACAAAGUAGAGAAGAUAGAAGGCUUACAACACUGCAAAUCAUUGAAGGAGCUGGUGGUAGAAUAUACCCGCUGGCAGCUACCCUGCAUAGGAAGUAGCUUGGAGCAGAUGCAAAGAUUGAAGAUUGUGCAACUAGUGGCAAAGAAGAGAUCAGCUAUUGAGCUAUGCACUAAGACCAUACAGAGAUGGCCAUCAGAUAUAAUAAUAUGUACGAAGGCAGCCCCUGACGCGGCAUCAAUUAUAAAUCCGUCGGCCGUUCCCAAUCUUUCAGUUGUUCAGUCCUUUGGUAAGUCCAAGUAUGCAGAGGUAGGCAAUCUUUCCACUGCCAGAUCCUUUAUGCUAUGUUUAGUUAUAAACUGUAACUCUCCACGCAUGUUCCUUCGUCUAGUUGCGAAUUGUUACGAGGAAUCUGUAAUAUGGCUGGAUGAGGGCAGAGCUAUAGUGAUAGGUAUGUUUGCACAACAUUCAAGAUCCCUCAAUUCAGUGUAUUUUAACAUAAGACGUGAGAUCCAAUCGGAUGGGGUAGAUAAUGAAGACAAUGAAGGAAGUGGAGUGACGGAAGUGGAGAAAGGAUUUCUUGUGAGCGGGGAAGAAAAUAGCAUGGUGGAGGGUUUCCACCGCUUAUUUGCACUUCUAGGAAAUUGA